AUGGUCGAUCGUAACCGUUUCGAAAUUUUGGAAGAAAACAUCGAAAGUAUUAUUGAUCAUUGUAGGGAGGCUGGAAUUGUUGUUUGUGACUAUCAACCAAGUGUGUCGUUUCAGAAAAAGAUCAACGAUCUAGUGUAUAAAUUACAGGAUGUGGAUCGUAUGCAAGUUGAAAUGCAAGAUGUACAUGUUCCUAUUGAAUUAUUUUCCAAAAUCGAUGCUGGUCAAAACCCUCAGUUGUACACUCGUGAGUGCAUGGAACAAGCACUAGCCAAGAAUGAGGCAGUCCGUGGAAAAUUAGACAGCCUUCGUCGUUUCCGAAUGUUACUUAUGUCCGAAUUGUCUCGUCAAUUUCCAAAUGAAAUGGCUAAAUAUCGAGCUGUACGUGGUGAUCCUGAAGCUCCGACACUUGGUCCUGCAAUGUCCAGUAACUCUCAAUCAAAUGGAUCUGGUACUGAGACUGGUCCAGAAUCCGUUUCACUUAGAUAGAUACUUUCAGAUUUUCGUUUAAAUCUCAAUACUACUUUCCCGGUGCUAAUACACUUCAUUAGUUGAUUGUGACUCGAAGUGCGCUGUGUUUGUUAACUCACCUCACGUUCUCAGCUACACCAACGACCAUCUUUCAGACUACAACUGAUUCUGUUCUCUUUUUUAAAACUUCUUUUCUCGAUCAAACCCGACGUAGAUCCUUCAAUGGUAAUAGCAGAAAUACUAUACUUGGAAUUACCCUUUUCAGAAUAAUAAAUCUGUGGUGUUUGAACCCUCUUACUUUUAAUUUUUUCGAAACAUGGACAUAACUAUUCGAUAAAUCUAUUUCAUGUUUACUCUAGUAUUAUUACUUUACAUAGUUAUGAUAUUCAAACAUACUUUAUAGUGAGCUCAAUAAGAUUAAUAAAAUCCGUAGUAGAUCAAACAAAUUCAAUGUGGAAGAUCGAGAUAGUCAUUCAAAUGGUAGUGCAAAUGAGAAAAUACGACCUAGGUCUACCUUAAAUAAGUGAAACAAGCCGAACAAAACACUAACUUCAGGAGUUUUUACUUUAUUAUGGCUAUGAAGAAGCCAAUGCUCGUUGCAUACAGAGUUACAUUAAUGCCAUGCAAAGAAGCGCGAAAGGCGCUUAUAGGAUACGGACAAACUGAUGAUGGCAACGAAAAUGCUAGAGAUCAAUUUUAUGAAAGUGUCUUUAGCCUAUUGUAGAAAAAUCCUCAGGAAAACACAUGACCAAUUUAAUGGGGAACCUAAAUGCCAGGGUCGAAAUGGACAUCAUGGAGCAUGAAAGCAUCAUUGCUCAAGGUGAACUAGGAGAAAUAAGAGCAAAGAAAUCGAAUAAAUGAGCUGAAUAUACAGGAGGAAACGGCUGUAAAAAGCACUAGAGGUAGGAAGCGAAAAUAUGUGGGAGACCUGGUAACUUCAGCAGAAAAAUCUGUAAGAGAAGGAAGUAUGAGAGAACUAUUUAAAACGACUAGGAAGCUAUCAAGAAAACGUAGUAGACCGGGGUGGUCGGUCAAGAACAGUGAAGGUAAAACGAUCGCCGAGAUUCGAAAGCGGCGGAAAAGGUGGGUAGAGCACCCUGAAGAGCUGUUGAAUAGGUCAGCGCUGUUGAAACCAACGAACAUCAAAAGAGCGCACAAAGACCUUCCUAUAGAUUCUGAAGUACAACACGACGAACGCCAACCAAGUCACACCUGAUGGUGAAGCUAUGAAAGAGGUGGAACCUUCACAUAUCUGGGCAACAUCGUUGAUAAUCAAAAAAUAUCUUGUUCAGAUGUAGAGUGUAAAACUGGCAGGACGAGGUCAACAUCUCUAUAAUUAAGUGAUAUCUGGAACAUAAAAUAGCCCUCACGCAAGACCAAAUUCAGAAUUUCCAACACAGAUGUUAAAAGUGCGGAGAUUAGGAAAAGACACUAGGAUGGAUAGUACACACCGAGGAAACCAAUAAAUUGUGUCACGAGGUAAGUCCUUGUAAAGUAUGAUCGAUAAACGAACCCACCAAUGACAACAGGAAACGACCACUAUAACAUUAACUUUCUUUGACCUUGUAUGACUAUGCUUUGCUUAUUCACCAACCAUAGUUUUCUGUUUAUAUUGAACGAUAUUAAGUUCGUUGACUCAUUUUUCUAUCCUCUAGUUACUGUUCAAUAUGUUAUUCAUGUCUUUCUUUUUCCCUGUUUAAUAGACUGUAAUAAUUGUUUAUUCCGUGUGCUAACAGUGUUAGUUUACGUUUUAGGAACAGUUUAUUGAGUCAAAUAGAUAACUUGUUCUGACUUUGGCUAAGCUAAUACUCUGUGCU